AGUACGGAGAGCGGAAUUCUCUUGCCUCACGUGGAAACUCAUAACAACAAUCAUGGCUGCCUCCUGUUCGUUAGUGUGCUGCGGAGAGGAGAGGGACUCUGACAAAGCUGUUCUUGUUCGCUUUUCAAAUGGCACCCCCAGAAAUGCAGACAGAUUGGAUUUCACCCUGUACAAGAACGUGGAUGAGGUUAACCCCAGAAAAAAGAGCAAACGGAUACUGGUCUCUGAAACAGACAGACUGUCUUAUGUUGGAAAUAAUUUUGGAGCAGGAUCUUUAAAGUGUAACAGUCUCUGCAAAUAUUAUGUGGGUGUGUUGAACAAACAGACCAUGCAGAUGGAGAUGCACAACGCUCAGCUGUUCAACAUGCAACCUGUCAUACCAGGAGAGAUGGAAGAGUCUGAAAAACCUCAGGACAUCAAGACAUACAGAGAUAAGGUGGACUCGUUGAUUGAGGCCUUUGGCACCAACAAACAGAAGAGGGCUCUGACGUCCCGCAGGCUGAACCAGGUGGCAGGUGACACCUUGCAACAUGCGGUGGCCAAGGCUGCCAACACUGUGAUCGACCAGAAGGGUCUGGAAGCUCUACAACAGGAAGUGGAUGAGACCGAGUUGCAGGGGGACCUGGCCAGCCACCUUCCUCCCUGCAAUGCAAACGCAGACAAACGAGAGAACGUCUACCCAUUUGAUGACCUCCUGAGUCCAGUAGAUUACGACGCUUUGGAGCAGGCUGGUUCCAAGAUGGCAGCACUCACCCCUGAGGAGUUGCAGAAAAUGAGAGAUGAUGGAGGGUGUCUGUGCGUUGUGAGGCACCUGGAGAACCUGCCGACCACAGGAGAAGAAAGAGAGAAAAUGGCACGAUGCGCCUUUUACCUUUCCAUGCUGCUCAAACUGUCUCGGCAGAAGAGCAUCAACCGCAAGUUUGGGCUGGAGGAAGGAUGCCCUCGCAACGUUCAGAACAAACUGCUAAGAACAUUUACUGUGGAGACAUUCAACAACGGCAGGGUCCAGAACACAGUGUCAACAUCGAUGCGUGCCAAAAUAGCAGCCCACUGCCUGGCGCUGCUGCUGCAUAUGGGUCACAUGACUGCAGACCUCACACUGCUGCACCGUGACCUGGGAAUCACAGAGGCCAGGGUGAUUGAAAUUGCAAAGUCUAUGGGGCUGACCCUGAUUAAACCACCCCGGGCAAAGGCCGACGAGGCCUUACUGCGAGAAGAACACAGACAGGCCACCCUGGCUCUACCUCUGGUCAAAUACGACCAGUUCACCGAGAGACGGAAACGCAAGAAAAUGCACUGAAGGCCGCGGGGAAAAAAGGACAGUGAGGACCGCGGAUGCCACGAACAAGAGCUGUUUAUUGAUGUGUUUUGUAGACAAAGUGGUGAACUUUGAGUUGUGCAUGAUAUUGUCACUUGAUGCUUUGCAGUCCAUGAUACAAAAAAAUAAGCCGACUACAUGUAAACAAAUUCUCAAUGAGAGAACAUCUAUCUUAGACAGUAAAGACGUAUAGGCACAUUUGUAGACAUCACAUAUUGCACGCUGAACAUCCUUUUCCUUUCUCUGACCGGCUGUUACCGAGUGAGUCUGUGAGUGUGUGCAGCGCGCCGAGAGUGUCUGGAAUGUCAAAGAAAACCGAAGAGCAUCACACUAACAAAAUAAAAACAUGGAGGACGUGUUGUUACAGA